AUGGUAUCGCAAGGCUCGCUAACAAUGCCGUCUUUCCCGUUUGCUGCGUGUAAGCGAGUGGACCACCCUUUGCCACCCCUCGUGUUCACUGUCUCUCUCCCACUCCACCUCUCAGCAUCCCGCCGCCUUCUGCCCAACCGGACCCGAGAAGUAGAGGCUAUUGGAACAUUGUCGCAUCGCGCGACAGUCCUUGCCACCAGUGGCAGCAGCGCGACGGAAUUCCGAAGCGGCCCGUCCGGCAGUGGCAGCGCCCUUCUACAGUGCGCUGCCGUACCGCACGCCGCGGAAACCGGUUUCGCUCAGCCCGCCUUCGCGCACUGCAUCCUGCGCGCGCCGGUGCACUUGCAUGCGCACGCGCGAGCUCGUUCACGCGCGUUCGUCGCUUCGCGGCAGAGGCACGCACACGGCUUAUCGUCCUCCUCCUCGGCAGGUCCGCGCUUGCCGCAUCGCCAUCCGCAUCCCCCCCAAUUCGCGCGGCACUCCCGCCCCGCGCGGAGAUCAGCGCCCAUCGCAUGGGGGGCAGACGCGGAGAGCUCAGGGGGAGCCACGGCCGCGGAAGGCGAGACGCUCGCGGCAUGGCAGCAAGGCGCCUCCGAUUCGCCUCCGCCACCGUCGGAGCAACGGCAAGAGCAGCUGGCGGCGCCCGAUCCGGCGGAAGGAGCGGCGGUUUCGACGGUAGCGGAGGGAGCGGGGGAAGAGGGGGAAGCGGGGGAAGCGAGCAGAGAAUUCAGAGUGGAGAGCGGGAAGUGGCGCGUGCGCAUGGCCGCGCGCGAGGAGAUGAAGGCGGUGGCGGACCUGCAGGCGGAAGUGUUCCAUGACCCCCCGCCCGCCCCGCUGUCCGCGCUGAACGCAUUCUUUCUAGACAUGUUCAAGGCGGAGCUCUACGAUAACCUGCUGCACAAGCUCAAAUACUCGCCGCCUGACAGGCACUGCAUUCUCGUGGCACAGCAUUCCACCCAGCCAUUUCCGCCUCCUCACCCGACCACUGAGCCACCUGCAGGGGAAACCUCCAAGAGACCGUCACCAGCAUCCACAUCAGCAGCAGCAGCAGCAGUAGCGACAGCAGUGGAGGUGGUGGGAGUGGUGGACCUGACAGCCCUGGACGACCGCAGUGUGCUGAAGCACCUGUCAGGCGCGCAGGACUACCUGUACCUCUCGGGCAUGGCUGUGCACGCGUCCCUCAGGCGGGAGAGCAUAGCAUCGGUGCUGCUGGGAGCGGUGGAGCAGCUGUCGCUGCGUUGGGGCUUUGAGUACAUAGUGCUGCACGUGCACGAGGACAACAUAGCCGCGCGCCGCCUCUACCAGAAGGCCGGCUACCUCGCCAUCGACUGCGACAGCCGCUGGACCUCCACGCUGCUCGGCAUGCGCCGCCGGGUGCUGCUUGCUAAGAGGACAAAUGGGUACUUGAGCCGCGCUGCUGCUGCCACCGCCGCUGCUGCUGGUGUUGCGGAAAUGAGUGGUUUCGCGGAGAGUGGUGGUGCGAGUGGAGGGACAAGUUUUGAUUUGCCAUUGCCAAGGCUUGAAUGGCAGCCUUCACCAGUGUGCUCUUGA